AUGGGAUACGAAAGCUGGAGGGAGCUGGCUAAGGCUCUGGCAGACACGAAUGUCCCAGGUGGGGACCCAAGCCUUCAGUUUUACUAUCCACAGAAGCUGGGACACCAGAACCAAGAGCUGCAAAGAGGUGGGAGGAAUAAAUCGAAUUAUGCAGGUGUGGACAACCCUGUCCCGUGGAUGCCAGAGUUCCAGGGCCAGGCCAAUCUGCACGUGUUCGAGGACUGGUGUGGCAGCUCCACUGAGCAGCUCAGGAAAAACCUCCACUUCCCUCUCUUCCCCCACACGCGAACUACACUGAAGAAGCUGGCUGUGUCCCCAAAAUGGACCAACUAUGGUCUCCGGAUAUUUGGCUACCUGCAUCCUUUCACCGAUGGGGAGUUUCAGUUUGCCAUUGCUGCAGACGACAAUGCUGAGUUCUGGCUGAGUCCAGAUGAAAAGACCUCUGGGCUCCAGCUGCUGGCCAGUGUAGGCAAGACAGGGAAGGAGUGGACCGCGCCAGGGGAGUUUGGGAAAUUUCACAGCCAGCAGUCAAAGACAGUGAGGUUGUCAGCUGCAGGCAGGUACUAUUUUGAGGUGCUGCACAAGCAGGAUGACAGAGGAACAGACCACGUGGAAGUAGCAUGGAGACUGAAUGACCCAGAAGCGAAGUUCAAAGUCAUUGACUCCCCAUACCUCUCCCUUUUUGCUAACGAGACACUUUUAAAGAUGGAUGAGGUUGGGCAUAUCCCGCAGACAUUGGCCAGUCACACGAGCCGGCCUGCUGACAGCGCAGGCAGCGCGGCACACCCAGCUGACAUGUUGAAGCCUGACCCCCGGGACACUCUUUACAAAGUGCCUCUGCUCAGCAAGACCCACCUGCACAGAGCCUUGCCAGACUGCCCGUACAAGCCCAGCUACCUGGUGAAUGGAUUUCCUCUGCAGCGCUACCAGGGACUCCAGUUUGUUCAUUUAUCCUUCGUUUACCCGAAUGAUUACAGCCGCCUGAGCCACAUGGAGAAAGACAACAAAUGCUUCUAUCAGGAAAACCCUUAUUACUUGGAAAGAUUUGGAUUCUACAAGUACAUGAAAAUGGACCGGCCAGAGAAGAGCCUGGACUCUGGAGAAAAGACAGAACAGCCAGGCUCCCAGGAGGGGAACCUGGACGACCUGCAGUAUGCAGAGCAGGACGUGGAGAGUACCAGUCCCCCCGAGCGCCCCGGCACAGGGAGGGCAGAGCUGGCAGGCAACGCUCCCAGCAGCGUGGUGGGCAGCGAUAACAUUCACGAGGACUAUUCCCUCCGCGAGCGUCGUCGGCUCCUCUCGGUGAUGCGUGGCAACAUAGGAGAGGGGCUACAGAGGAGAGGGACAAAGAGGUCUGGUGUCAAAUCAGCAACACUGGCUUCUGCCAACCAAAACCUCAGCCGGGCUGGCCUAGAGAGGAACCCAGUAAUGAAGAGACCCCGUUUAAAAGCUGGCCUCAAAGACAACUCCAGGAGCCCUCCGCAGCACGCCAGGGCUAUACAGGGGAAAGCGCCUGUCAAAAAGGCGAACCCUCCUCCUAGGACCGUGUCUCAAAGGGACCAGCCUCUCCGUGGCCCCAGGGACUCAGGGGUCAUGAUUCCCAAAGGGGUGAGACCUCGAGGAGACCUCAGCGCUGCUAAGGAGGGGCUGCAGCCAUCAGGCACUGUGCCAGCUGGGAAAGGAGGCCCGGUCUCUGGCAAAGCCAGCAGACGCACUGUGAGCGCUGCCAGCCCCAGCCAGCAGCCUGGGCUGCCGCAGUGGCUGAACCAAGCGGAGCCCUACAUUGCUGAGCAGAAGGCGGCCGAUGGUGGGGACGUGGGCGAGGGAGAGGCGCAGGUGGCAUCUCCUGUGAAGGGCAAGUCUAGACCUGCGGCAGCAGAAGAGGAAGAGGAAGAGGUGGAUGGGGAGCCAGAGGAGGAAGAUGAGGAGGAUUUCGAUUAUGUACCAGUGUUCGACCAGGCGGUGAACUGGGAGCAGACCUUCAGCAUGAGCAACCUGGACUUCCAUAUGCUGCGCACAGACUGGAUUGACCUGAAAUGCAACACGUCAGGAAACUUGCUGCUAAGAGAAAGGGAGGCCCUGGAAGUCACACGUGUCUUCCUCAAGAAGCUCAACCAGAGAAGUAAAGGGCGGUUCCAGCUGCGGCGUAUCGUGAACGUGGAGAAACGCCAGGACCGCAUACGAGGCAGCCGCUAUCUGCUGGAGCUGGAGAUGCUGGAGCAGGGAGAGCGGCUCGUCCGCUUCUCUGAGUACGUCUUUGCACGGGGCUGGCAGGGCGUUGGCAGCGAUGAGGAGGAGGAGAGGAAGAUGAGGAACCUGGCAUGGGGUCGCCGGCGGCACCUGAUGGCUGUGGCAAACGAGCCGGAGCUGUGCUGGCCCCAGGGCUUUUCCUGGAACCACCAUGCCAUGGUUCACUUCGUGGUGCCAGUGAAAAACCAGGCACGUUGGGUGCUGCAGUUCAUCUCCGACAUGGAAGAGCUGUUCCGUGUCACUAAGGAUCCGUACUUCAACAUCAUCAUCACGGACUACAGCAGCGAUGACAUGGACGUAGAGAAGGCUCUGAAAAGGUCUGCCUUGCACAGCUAUCGGUACUUGAAGCUGAAGGGGAAUUUCGAGCGUUCUGCUGGGCUGCAGGCGGGGAUAGACCUCGUGACGGACCCACAUAGCAUCGUUUUCCUGUGCGACCUCCACAUCCACUUCCCAGCUGGAGUCAUUGAUUCAAUCCGGAAGCACUGCGUGGAAGGCAAGAUGGCCUUCGCACCCAUGGUCAUGAGGCUGCACUGCGGCAUGUCCCCACAGUGGCCUGAUGGCUACUGGGAGGUGAAUGGGUUUGGCCUUCUGGGCAUAUACAAGUCUGACCUGGAGAAGAUCGGAGGCAUGAACACAAAAGAGUUUCGGGACCGCUGGGGAGGAGAGGACUGGGAACUCCUGGACAGGAUCUUGCAGGCCGGGCUGGAAGUGGAGCGUCUCUCCCUAAGAAACUUUUUCCACUGGUUUCACUCAAAGCGGGGCAUGUGGAACCGGCGCCAGCUGAAGACACUGUAGCCUUCAACCCCAAAGCUGCCUGGCAGCACCGUCCACCGUCUCGUCUCGACAUGCACUUUAUCAAGGCACACAGCCAAGCGCACAAACUCUUCCUCUGCCUCCAGAGCCUUCUGAUGGAAUGGCACAGCUGAGGAAGGGACGAUCGGGCUAGAGGAGCGGGAGGUCCUCUUGUGAGUCGUUGCAUCCAAGACGUAGGAUCCGUGUCUUGCUGGGAAGGCGUGUGGGGGAGAUGUCGCCAAGUGAAGGACUCGUAUUUCCUGCCGUGCAGUCUGGCGGGUGGUACAGUGGGAGAGGUGCCAUAUUUCCCGUUGAGUCUUGCGUGGUGCAAACCAAACAAACACAAAUCCCAGCUAAGUCCAGAAUGGCUUAUUACAGUAAUGCAGCUUCUCUUUCAAUACUUGAAGGGAAAAAAGAAAAAAAAACAACCCUCCCCAUUUCCCCUUCUUCCCCAUCUCUCCAGUAUCCAUGCUUUUGGACAGGGGACCAAAGUAAGUUCUCUGAACUGUAUCAUGUCCACAUGCCCAUGUGCUGACCCAAGGAAAUCUGGAUGUGGAGAGGCUGAUAGGCACUUUAGGCUGCUGGUGCUUAGACGUUUCUCUUUGCUUUUCAUUUUAGUCAUUAUGAAACACUGUGCUCAUAUUCAGCAAAUUAUGGGCCAUGGAUGGAGAUGCAAGUACACUUCCCUUAUGAGAGCCACGUUCGCCUACAGCUGGGCGAGGUGGCAGGGGGUGAUGUUACAACUCCACCUAAAUUAUUGAUCCACUGCCUGAGGAUAGUGGAGGGGUUAUGCAGAGAAGCUGGGAGGGCAUCUCAGGAGGAACUUUGCAGCCUUAUCUGACAGACAUGUGUUUGUCCUAACGAUAUCAGGGAAACCCUAGCAGGGAAGAAGUGGCAAUAUUUUAUUAGUUGAAAUAUUGUAAUUUUAUCAGAAAAAGAGGAGACAGUAUUCUGCUCUCUAAAUUCUGUACAUUUAUGCAGCAUCUAAAGGUUAAUUUAAUAAGUUAUGGCCUCACAGUUAUGUCUUGUCAUAGUUUGACUUCUAUGUAAAGAGCAGAGUUCUUGGUUGAAGAACUGGCACAGCUGUUGGUGCUUCACCUCUGGAACAGCCCUGCGAGCUCUGGCCCGGUAUGGAGGAGGUGGCCUCAGGCCUUCCCACUUGCACUGGGUGCAAAGAACAGUGAGGACAGAAGAGGGUUGAGUGAAUAAAAGGAUGGGCAGACCCAUGCUGGCAUUGGUGCAAGAACUGUGGAAAGAGCCCCUGUCCACAGCCGUCCUGAUGCUAGAGGGAAUUCUCAGCCCCUAAAACUUCCAUUAAUGCAAGGCAAGAUUUUUUACUCCUGUAACCAUUUUACAGGACUAUAGAAACCCAGAAAUCCCAGCACAGUCAGUGCUCUGCACUAGAGCUUCGGUGUCCCCAUACCAUGCUGAAAAGGCCGCUACUGGUCUCAGGCUUCAGGGGAGAGUGUGACAGGAUGCUGCUCAUGGCGCCCAGCUCUGUGGGGAGUUGUUGAGAAUUGAGUAAUGGAGGUAUGCAGGAUGCAAGCAAUGCUGACAUGGUACUAGAAUUGUUUGCUUUUUACGUUGAUGGAGUGGAUGCCAAUUAAGAAUAGGCAUUCAUUUAUUAAUACUGUGGUGCUUGACAAGUCCACCAAGUUCCACUGUUGCAGUAGAAAACUGAACAUGCAAGUUCUGGCAAGUGAGAUAGAAAUCUUGUCAAAUCAUCUGCUUGCCUCAGUCUGGGUUUUGUGACUGAUGGAGUCAGAAAAAGUCAACCAGAUUUCAGAAAGUUUCGUUGUGCAGUGUGCAGCUAUGGUGAGAGGUACACGAGAGAUGGCUGUGUCUCUGAGUCCACAGAGCCGUUGUCAGAAUGCAGACACUGAAUAUCUUAGAAGGGGCAGCCUUAGCCUUCUGCCCAAGCCAGAGCAGUCUUUUUAUUGAGGGAAAGUAUUUUCCCCGUGUAGAGAGUAAGAAAUUAAACACUGCCGUUGGGGCGAGAGGGAAGAAGCUGGCAACAGUCAACACUAUUUUUUUUUUUUAAUGUAUUACAGGAGUUUAGGAGGCCAGAGCCCUGUGAUGCAAUGUUGCAAUAAGUCCUGUUUCUGCCUGGAAUGUGCAGUGUCAGUCGUGCUCUCGGUGCAUGUUGGAGCCUGUGCUUCACUCAAACACAGGCACAACCCUGCGAGUGUGCAGGUGAGCUGCUCUCCAGGCUCCGGGACUGCACCUCCACAGCCUGUCCGGGCUGGCUCUGUCACGCAAUCCCUGUGGAAUGGGGAGAGGCUGGCGGGGAGGGUGAGCGCUGGGACGCAGCAAGGUGUUAGCAGGACCCAGCUGUUUGGCCCCAUCAAGCAGAGAACGACUUGAUGCCCAUUUCGCAGACGGGGAGCUGACGGAUUCAGUGUCAUGCACAGGGAGGAAGGGUUAUUUGUACUGUGUGCUUUCACAUCUGGCUUAGAUGUGGUCUGCAGCACCUGAAGUUAGCAGCUGGCGUUCAUCGGCAGACACUGGCAAGAAUUGGGUGCAUCCAGAAGGCAACUCACUUGGCUUAAAUGAUACGAGUGACCCCUCUUCCUCACCAGAGAGGACAGUCAGCAAAGGGUGGACUAGGAAUUAGGGUGCAGCCCUCACUCCAGCACUGCCAGCAGAAUUUGAGGAUUUCGCCCCCAUGCUUUGGCUGUGACUUGUGCUCUGUCCUUCACGCCUUGUAACCCAGGCCUGUGGCAAGCAGAACUGUUUACCUCGUGAGGACUCCUUGGUGGAGGUGUAAGGAGUUAGUGGGUUUCAGUCCAGUUUCCUGAUGGCCAGUAUCCCCACUGUCAAAGUUGCCAUCACAAAUGUUCUUCCCUUUCUAGCACAGUGGGGAUUCUUAGUUGGUAUUUAAGCAUUGCGGUAGUAAACGUGAUUAAUACUAAUUGGCACUAGUUGGCAGCCUCCAUGGAGGAGCUUGGAGAGAUCCCAUGGGGACAAAAGCUGUCUUCCAGCCCACAUGCUCAGAGACUGCCGCGGGUUGUAGGGAGAGAAGGGGCUACACGCUCCCCAGCUCGCCGGCCAGCAGCAAAUCUUGCAGGAGCGGCUCCAGGCUUUGCUCUGAGGCUGCUGCCCCUUUUCCAAAACAACCCGCAGUUUUUUUCCCCAGAGUCAUGAAGUGGGGGAGAGCAGGGAGCACAGCAGGAGCAGGUAGUCCCGCAGCCAUGCAGUGAAAAGAUGUGGCCAUCCAGAAUGGUGGCCAGGCCACCAAACUGGUUGGCAGUCAGUGUGCCCCGUCACUAGUGUUGCACAGCGUGCACUGCCGCUGCGAGGAGGGCUUGUCUUUGGGUCUGGCACAACUCCCGGAAAGCAAGAAGGAACCUGGCUUCACCGCGGCUGGGAAGCUGACUCCCCCCGACAGUCGAUCUCGUUUCUGUCACCAGGAUCUUUUUAGGAAGCUGCGCCUGAGUUUGUGGUGAAGUUUGCCCUGAGUUUCUAGCCCUCAUGUACAUCCUGGCUGUGUCCUGCCUCGAUGGCAGGAGGAAAUCAGUUACACGGGAUUUCCCGUGCAUCAGGCAGGCGGGCAGGAGGGAGCUGCUCCGGUAGCUCUGGCUGGGGACAGCUGGGGAGAUGAUGGGCUGUGCUGCGGAAGAGACCUUCCCCGGGGCAGGAUGUGGCCAGGCUGGGGACCCUGGGCCCCCAAGCGCAGGGUACACAGCAAGGUGGCUCUGCCCACAAACGCUGACUCUGUCUUCACGACUGUGAAUUGUGGACCUGAGGCUUUUUUUGCAGGUCAGCGAAGGGAACAAAGAAGGGCUGGCUUUUAUUCUGAGAGAAAUGUAUUGUGUGAAAACGAUAAUGUGACUUGUUUUGUCAUUGUCUUUAAUGUUUGCCUGGUAUGAACAUCUCGACUCUUCUCAUUGCCUAUAAAUGUCUGAAGUUGAUUGUUUUUUAGACAUCGAUGCCUUGUGUUAAAAAUCUGAAUUGUACCUUUGAAUUAUCUGCCUUAAAGUGGCUCUGUGCCUUCAAGACGAUUCCUGGGCCACCUCUCUGUUAGAGCUGGGGGACAUACCGAUUCUCCCCCACAUUUUAUAAAUACAUCAUCUUCCUACAAGA